AUGGAGCCAUAUCUUCUUUUAAUAUUAACAAGUAGAAAACUUUUGACUUUUUCUUUUUUCAUCAUUUUAAAAACAAUUCAAGUAAAAUCUGGACCAGUAUUUAAUACUUGUCUAUCUUAUUCAUUUGCAACCAAUAAUCCCUAUAAUUCCUUGCUUAAUUAUGAUUUCACUAAUGAUAUUGUUAUAAAAGACAGUACACUUGUAUCUAAUAAUUCAACAUUUCUUUGCAAUAAAAUUGCAUCAGAAGAUAUUUUUUGUUAUAAUGGUGAUGGAAAAACGUGUGCAGGUAUUGUUGGGAAUUAUAAACCUACUAGUAAUAUUACAUUAGGAAAUUGUACAGGAAAAAAAAACCUUGAUGGUGUGGCAAAUUACUUAGCAACCAUUAAUUUAAAAGAUGGAAAUACUGGUUUUGUUUCGACUUUGAAUGUUGGUGGGAUAAUGAAUUCUUCACCAACAACUUCUACUUCCUCAUACAUUCCUGGUUCUUCACCUAUUUCUGGUUCCUCCGUGAAUACUUUUGUGUUUUUCGCUUCUUGGGUUAAAUUAUAUCCAUGGUUAGAACGUAGAAUUGUAGAUGAAAAAAUACUUUUAUUUUGUCAUUGGUGUGUUGCUAUUAAUGCCAAGAAUUUAUUUGCAAAAGGAUCUAAUAGUUUUCGUAAAUAUUCACUUGAUCGACAUAUUAAAAUUAAUGAACACAAACUAGCAGUUUUGGCAUCUAGUAAAAAUCAAUCAUCAGUGCUUCAAGGAUUUACUAAAAAUUUGUUUCCACACUUAUGUAAUUUAAUUAAUUUACAAUUGGAAACUCAAACAGAACUUAGAUAUGAUCAAGAACCUAGUACAAUUUUAUUGUCAAAUUCAAGCACUUUAAUUAAUAAUUCAAGGCAUAAUACUUAUGCGUCAUAUGAAAAUCCUGUUUCAGUUAAAUUAUUUCUUGAAGCUAUUAGCUUUGUUAUUGAACAAUCAGUAAUUAAAGAAACAAACUUAUCACCAUAUUGGAAUAUUAUGAUUGAUGAAAACUGUAGUGCUGCAUCUAUUACAGCAAAUUUAAAACGAUUUAUUAAUGUCAAAGCAUUAUCUUUAGAAAAUCUUAUGUAUUUUGGUAGUGAUGAAGCAAAUACAAUGCUUGGAUGUAAAACAGGUGUUGCUGCACGAUUAAAGUUUGAAAAUCCAUUUAUUACACAAAACCAUUGUAUUGCACAUCAUCUUCAUCUUGUAGGUCAGGAUGCUGCUGAGAAAGUUAAAUACUUUUUAGAAUAUGAAACAAUUAUUAAAGAUAUUUAUACAUAUUUUAGUAAUUCAUACAAAAGAUUUCGUCAAUUAAAAAUGAUUCAAAAUUAUUUGGAUAAACCAGAAUUGAUUAUACUUAAUAUAGUUAAAACACAUUGGCUCUCUUUUUCUAAUAUAAUUCAUAAUUUUUAUCAAAUUGUUGAUUCAGUUAUGGCAGAUAUUUUUUAUAUUCUCGAAAAACUGAUUCGAGCAAUUCAAAUGCAAUUUAUUGGAAUUGAAGAUACAUCACCAACAUUUGGCAAACAUUUAAAUGACUAUCUUGAUCAAAUGCAAAUGACACAUAAUGAUCUUCCAUUAGAUGUUAUAACUUUUAUAACAGAUUUUGGAAAAACAGUAAUUGAAAAAUUACCAAAACAAGAUCGAGAUCUUGUUAAUUAUGGUAUAAAAGAAAUUACCAUACUUGGAGAAUUUUACGGAGUAUCAAAAACAAAUGAAAAUAAAGUAUUUGAAUUAAUACAAGAAUGGAUAACAAUUUCACUUAUUAUUCCAGUUUCGAAUGCUAAUGUUGAAAGAAUAUUUUCUCAACAAAAUCUGGUUAAAACACAUCUUAGAAAUCAAAUGUCUUUAGAAACUCUUAACAAUCACCUCAUGAUUAUUAUGAAUGGUCCUUCUAUAGAUUCUUUUGAUUUUGAAAGAGCUUAUGAUUAUUGGGCACUUUGUAUAUAUUGUUAUUGA